AUGUUUCGGCCCGCGUUGCAACAGGCGAAAAAAGAAGGAUAUAUUGGUGGUGCAGGAUAUGGUGGAGGAUCUGUAGACGCGCCACCAAUAAAAAAUCAUCCGCCUUUUACUGAGGCGUCCAAUCCGCCGCCGCCCACCCAGGUAUACUAUCCGCCGCCGCCGCCGCCGCCGCCCACCCAGGUGUACUAUCCGCCGACGCCGACUCAGGCGUACCAUCCGCCGCCGCCGACUCAGGCGUACCAUCCGCCGCCGCCGACUCAGGCGUACCAUCCGCCGCCGCCGACUCAGGCGUACUAUCCGCCGCCGCCGACUCAGGCGUACAAUCCACCGCCGCACACUCAGGCGUACAACCCGCCGCCGCCGGCCCAGGUGUACAACCCGCCGCCGCCAACCCAGGCGUACAAUCCGCCGCCUCCGACCCAGGCGUACAACCCGCCACCGCCGACCCAGGUGUAUAACCCGCCGCCGUCGACCCUGGCGUACAAUCCGCCGCCUCCGCCCCAGGCGUACAACCCGCCACCGCCGACCCAGGUGUAUAACCCGCCGCCGUCGACCCUAGGGUACACCCCUCCUCUGCCGACCCAGACGUACAAUCCGCCGUUGCCGACACAGGCGUACACCCCUCCUCUGCCGACCCAGGCGUACAAUCCGCCGCCGCCGACUCAGGUGUACAACCCGCCGCCGCCGACCCAGACAUAAAUUGUAGCAAUUUUUUUGUAUUUUUAUAAAUAAAAAUUAUCUUAACGUA